GCAAAACUUCUGAUUCUCUACUACAGCAGCAGGAAGUGAGGAUCUCCGCAAAUCCAGACAUCCAGAAACGUGAAGAAGAGACUGAAGAACAAAAUAUGACAGUCCCAGAAAAGCAUAUAAUGACCUCCUCCCCCUCCUCAGCAGGAGCUAUUGUAAUUCAGCUGCUAAUACUUCAGGUCUCCCUAGUAGGAAACAUUUUCUGCGGGAAUGUGCUUAUUUGGCCAGCGGAAGCUAGCCAUUGGCUAAAUGUUAAGGUCAUCAUCCAGGAACUGCUACACAGGGAUCACAAUGUCAGCAUCCUUGUUUCAUCAGCAUCCAUCUUCAUCAAACCCAGUGAUGAUAUAUCAUCUGCAAAGUUUGAGGUGUACACUGUGCCCUUUGGAAAUGAUGACUUUGACAACGUUAUCAAGGAGUUCAUAAUGCUGUGGAUGAAGCACAAGCCCAGCACUCUGACCUUCUACAGGUUUUACCAAAACCUGGAGAAGAUGAUGAGGAAUCUAUAUGAAAAGAAUAAGCUUGGGUGUGAAGGGGUACUGGCCAAUCAGGAGCUCAUGGCCCGCCUGAAAAACACUAAAUAUGAUGUGCUCCUUGCAGAUCCUGUGAUGUCCUGUGGUGACCUGAUUGCUUUGAAGUUGGAUAUCCCAUUUAUGUACACCCUGCGAUAUUCACCAGCCUCAACAAUAGAGAGACACUGUGGGAAAAUACCCUCCCCUCCUUCAUAUGUUCCAGCUACUUUGUCUGAGCUCACAGACAGGUUGUCAUUUGGAGAAAGGGUGAAAAAUAUAAUAUCUUAUCAUGUACAAGAUCAUGUUUUCCAGACCUGCUGGGGAGUAUGGGACUCUUAUUACAGUCAGGUUUUAGGGAGACCCACAACAUUAUGUGAAGUAAUGGGGAAAGCGGAGAUCUGGCUGAUCCGAACCUACUGGGACUUUGAAUUUCCUCGGCCUUUCCUGCCAAAUUUUGAGUUUGUGGGGGGUCUGCACUGUAAGCCAGCCAAACCUUUGCCUGAGGAAAUGGAAGAAUUUGUCCGGAGUGCAGGGGAACAUGGCAUUGUGCUGUUUUCUCUGGGCUCAAUGGUUUAUAACUUAACAGAUGAAAAGAGUAACAUGGUUGCAUUGGCACUCAGCCAACUUCCACAGAAGGUUCUUUGGCGCUAUAAAGGGAAAAGGCCCCAAACAUUAGGAGCCAACACCAGGAUCUAUGACUGGAUACCUCAGAAUGACCUUCUGGGACACCCAAAGACUAAAGCCUUUAUAACACAUGGUGGAACCAAUGGGAUCUAUGAAGCUAUUUACCAUGGUAUUCCCAUGGUUGGGAUCCCCAUGUUUGCUGAUCAGCCUGAUAACAUUAUGCACAUGAAGGCAAAGGGAAUGGCUGUUGUGCUGGAUAUCCAAACAAUGAAAACAGAAGAUUUAGUGACGGCUGUGAAUGCUGUGAUUCACAAUGCUACAUAUAAGAAAAAUGCAAUAAGGCUGUCGCAGAUCCACCACGACCAACCGAUGAAGCCGCUGGACCGGGCUGUCUUUUGGAUUGAGUAUGUCAUGCGUCACAAAGGCGCCAAGCACUUGAGAGCAGCUGCCCAUGACUUGACCUGGUACCAGUAUCAUUGCCUGGACGUCAUCGCCUUCUUGAUUGGUUGCACAGCAGUUUUCGUAUUCAUUGCUUUUAAAUGCUGCUCCUUUUGCUGUCGGAAAUGUGGUAGAAUCAUGAAAACAAAAACAGAGUAACUUCUCCUGGGACUCAAC